AUGCAAUUUUGGAUGACACUAGCGGUUUCAUUGUUGAUGGUAGGCGCAUGCUCGGUGAAUGGCCAGGAAGCAGUUUUAAACGACACGUGUGGAGCUUGUGAAAUAACCUGUAAGCUCUUCUCUUAGUAUUGCCAGAAUGGAAAACGGUUCUUAAUUUUUUUUGGUCCCAUUAGAAAACGGGUUUCAAGUGCACUAUUAGUUAUAGAAAGAUCUGACUCAGCUCUAAAACCUCAGUUUGGUUCUGUGGACCCAACUUCUUAUUCAUUAACCUCUUUUUACGGUAUGGCGUUUAGCACUGAUGUACGGAGUCGUUGGUGCCGCUGACCUCGCCAAGUUUGGCUUGUUUAUGUCUCUCGGGGUAAACAAGCUAACUUACGCGAAUUUCAGCAACGCGGACGACACAAUACAUGCUAAGACCAUGACAGAAAGCCUCAAAGACGUAUUCAAACCAGUUUUAAGCUUGCCAAUCAUUCCAGCAAACCAUGGCAGUCUGCUCUCUCUUUCUUCACCAAAGCAACAAGAAAAUUCGCAAAAAUCCAAAGAAAAACUUCAUCUUUCAAUUUGGCUCUCCAAUGGAAUCACAACGACUCUUUUCAUUCAAUGAUUUUUUCUUGUUUUUCACAUUAACAUGUUUCCACUAACUUAUUUAUAGCGGAGCUCUCUCACGCGGCUCGUUAGUCCGCACCACAGGCAUACCAAUGUAAAAUAAUUCAAUCAACAGGUAUGGCAACCCAAACGAAAUUGGAGAUUUCUUUGGGGGAAAUCGCAUGGCCAGGCGCGUCUUGUAAAGCAGAGGCAAUUAAAGAGUCAGUAAGACAAAAUGUAAAGCGAAAAUUGUUUCGAACUAUUGAACUAAAAACGAUAAAGAACGAACAACGACAAAAAAGCGUAUUUAGUUUGCUUCGGCAAGAGAUAAUGCUCAUUCUCUCUUGGCUUCGGCUCGUACUUUCAGCAAAUGAACUCAACAUUUGUUUUCAAAAAUCGAUAAACUCCUUCUAUUUUAAGAACAGAACAGACCCAUCUCAAUUCAUUUUAAGUAAAAGUAAUCUCUGUUCGGCUGGCCAAAGUUAAGUAGUUCAGUGAAGAACAAUUUCGCGUUGCAUUUAGGUGCUCUUUUUUGCAGCUUUAUAAUCUUAAUAAGAGAUUCCCGUAGGCUCGUGUAUUGAACGCACUUAUCGACUUAAUUGGUUCUGUCGUUGUUAGCUCUCGCGCAUAAGAGUCUUUUCAUCACCGCUGGUUUACAGGCACAAAAAGUCGCCUCUAAAAACAAAUUAGUCGGUCUUUUACCAUACGCCUCUGCAGUAAGAAACGCAAUAACUAUUGCAUCUUUUCAACUACAUGAACAUAAUUAAAAAUUUUUGUUAUUAACACAAAUAGUGGGAGGAAGGUCAAGUUCCUCCUACCAAGCACCUCCCCCUACACGCUCUCUUACUUUUAGGUCUAACAUUCUUGGAACUUUUAGGGAUAAGGUAUAUCAUUCUGCUCCAAGAGUUACAAGGAUAAGGAAUAACAAGACCCAGCACCACCGCCCCCCCCCCCCCCUACCUGCCCCCCAUAACUGUGGCCUCAUUAUAAGCAUAUAAACGAGAUCUUCACUUUUAGCCCCGGCUAAACCUAUAUAUUGAAUUAUUUCAACGUCAUACAUGUUUGGGUUUAAUUUAACCCCUUCACUGCCUAAAAGUAGCCAAAGUCAAAAUUAACAAAUCUCCCUCUUUUAUUGUAAAAUAUUGAAAAACAAAUAGUAUAAGCAGGAGCCAUAAUCUGGAUUAUGACUCCUGGUACCAGCUUGGUGAAAUGCACGGUGCCUAAAAAGGUUUACAAUAUGGUUACAACGGCGGAGAGUUUACUCACACAUUCAAAACCUCAGGAACAACCUCACAAGACUUUAUAGUUCCCUCUAGCAGUGAAAGGGUUAAUUUCAAGAGGGGAGGAAAGGUUUAACCCUCGGUUGUACACGCAAAUUCAUACCCCAAACGUGGUACAAUCGGGGGUGCAUGGAACCCAUCCCCGGCGUUUUUGAUGUUACGUUGCAGUAUUUCGAAACGGUGUUACCUUUAGUGGAAAGCCUUUGAUCUUCUUAACAAGGUGAGGUAUAUUUUAUGUGUGGUGGCGCUGCUGGAGGCCUGUGACGUCACCAACAAUGGUCACCAUCUUUAAUUUUACUAAGGAUUUAGAAAUCAGCUUAAAACCGUGAGAAAUGAUAAUUUUUUGUGCUUUACAUGAAAAAUAUCACAUAAAUAAGAACUUUGCAGGAUUUUAGCCGCAAGAUUUCCUUUCAUUGUUGAAAGAAGUUGAAAAGACAUGUAUUUUCACCAAAAAGUGGCUUGACCACCUGCUACUUAUGACGUCAUAUCUCGUAACCAUAGCAACUGACCAUCACUAAACUUCUCUCAAAAUGUGCCCAAAGGAUAAACGAACAGCUACUGAAAACGUCAGGUGCUGAUGUUUUAUCCUCUAGGAAAAAACUCAGAAAACCUUAGUGGGGUGGCAUCCAGACCCCCCCCCCUCCUCCCCAUCCCCUUGUACGUCCCAGGGUUAAAAGAAUUCUUACUGUAAAAAAAUAAGACAAUCAUGAUGCAAAAAUCUACUGAAUUUAAAUGUUCCCUUCCAUUUUCCAUUCUUUCUUCCUUCCUUCCUUCCUUACCUACUUGCUUGCUUGCUUACUUACAUAUAUAUAUAUAACUUUUACUUACAUUAUUACUUACUUAUUUACUUACUUACUAGGUGGAUCAGGUAGCGGACAAACGACUUUGAGUUGCAAAGACAUUUACGAUGCGGAUCAUUCGUGAGUAAAGCAUACGUAAUAACGUAGCAACAUUUUUGAUUACUUUUUUUGGUUUCGUCAUAGAACACCCAACUUUUUUUCAUAUCAUAGUAUCUUUCUUGAGGUUCAGACUAAUACAAGGGCUUUUUCUGCAUAUAUUAUAAAUAGACGCCCAGAUUAGCUGUAACUUCAUGCAUGUGGCAUGGGUAAGUGUUGUCGUUCUAAAGUACAUAAGGUAACUCCACUGGUUUAAAGGGACAGUGUCUCUCAAGUUCGAGCAUUAUACUACAUUGCCACUGACAAAGAUCUCGGAAAACGUUCACCACACUUAUUGAAUUAGAUGUAGAAGACAACUUGUUAUGACCAGUUAGAAUUUCAGAUCUUAAAGAAAUUUAUCGAGCUGUUUCCAACUUAUUAGUUUUUAAAACGUUUCUAAGGAGUUGUCCACAUUGGAAUGAAACAGUCGGUUAAAGACUUGAACAAUUUUCCCUCAUUAUAUCAAUAUCCAUUCAAUAGGGCGCGUGAAAACAAAGCCUACAAACUGAAUGUUAAUUCUGAACAAAUUCCUGUGUACUGUCACAUGGUAAAAGCUGAGCUUGAAGCAUGCGGAGGAGGUGGAUGGACGCUGGUCAUGAAGAUCGAUGGCAAAAAGGUAACAGAAACAUGCAAACAACAUUCUUUUCUAGGCUAAAAGUUGCUUUAAAAAUUUAUAACUAUUUUUCAAAGCGGCAGACACCUACGGCGCUCUCCCCACAACAACAAAAACUAUAAUCACACGAUAUAAUAGGGAGAAUUAUCAAGGCUUCGUUGUCGGCAGAUAACCGGACUAGCCUUGAUAAUUCUCGGUAUCAUGCGCAACCAAUAUGCAAAAACCGAUCGAUCUUAAUUAUUGUUUAGACACACGGUGAAUUCAUGAUCUAAUCAUCAGUCAAAAGGCACACAUGAAAUCAAACAUUUAACGUCAUGAAUCAAUUUGCUCACAAAGUUUUGCAUUGAUUAUAGCCGUUUACCAUCUGAAAGUUCCAGGUCAAUCUUAUACAUUAGAUUACAAACAAGAUUAAUAGCGAAAGCCUUCGUCUUUAAAAGUAACAAGAUCAACUUAAACAUUGUCCCUCCAACUAUUGGCAUCUUGUCAAGGGGUGUCGUACGAAAACCAUUCUUGGUUUUUAACGAAUUUACCUGAAAAUGGAUUUUAGUUCGCAGAGAAGAGAUGUGCUUUUGUUCUGACCACCAACAUAGCUGCCAUGAUGUCAUCUGCAAACCAGCAAUUUUCAGCAAAAUGACGUCACUUUGCAUGUAAUUAAUAUGUAUUUACAAACUUUUGUCUGCAAGAGUGACGCAGCGAAACUAUUGCCGGCUAACAUUAGCAAUCUUCUUGUAAUCAGUCAGAAUACGCACUUAAUGUAGCUAGUCGUUCACGUGAUAAAAAAAAUCCGCCUUGCUGGGAUGGAGAGCAAGGGAUGCACUAGGGGAAAAGACAAACAAAGGAAAUCACCAUUUUAAAUGAUGUGGGCCUCUUGUCUGUUUUGUUCAAGUGUGUCCUUUACUCUCCAGCCAACAUGGUAGUUUGGUUACAUGAGAAUGACUAGCUACAAAGGGACUAUCGAGAUAGCGACAGAACUGUAUCUACAACAGCCAGUUUCGACGGACGGAAGAGUCAAGAAUGCCAGUCACAUGGCACGUUUCUUUAUGAUCAAUCACGGCAAUUCUAUUUUCAAUUGAUUGUGUUUCAUUUAUACUGCGGCUGCGCAGUAAGCAAAAUUCUCUACCAUACUAUAGCGAAUGCUGCGAACCUUGCUCGUUUUGUCACGUUAACAUUUUCAUCCAAAACUUAAUUCAAGCUUUUUGUGUAUUUUAUCUCUAUACAUUUUGAACAAUUGGAUUACCAUGAUUAUGGGACACAUGUACAGUAAACAUGAACUUUUGCUCCCUAAAAAUAUACUGUCAUAUACCACCCUUACCUCCCCAUAACGGCCACCUCUCCACAACGGGCACUUUCUUCUGUUCCCACUGCAUGGUGGCCCCUGUAGAGAGGUUCAACUAAAUGCAGAACGUGGAGGUUGUUAUUGAGGCUGAAGGCCGUGGCGGAUGACAUCCUCGUGCAUCUAUAUUUUUGUUUUAUCAUUUUAUCAAAAUAUUUCUAAGUUCUUAGCAACGAAGGUUUCCUACAAGAUUUCGGCUUUAUUGACAAAUGGUGAGGUAAAUGUGGUAGACUCACAGUUUUGGUAGACUUCCAAAAAAGUCUGUUUUAGUUGCUUUUUCAUGAACCGAGACCAAGUUGAGGUCCAUAAAAACGCAUAUAAGAACCAGCCCAGUACCAGCCAUCUUGACCGAACAUUUUCGUAAAUCAAGGAUUUAUAUAUAAGGCCAAAAGGAAAUUAAUCUCGUGAGAACGAAGCAGGAAAUCCCGACGGGACACAGAACACAGGAUUCGCUUUAUAUUGACCGGUCGUAUGGCCAGUCACGGACAAAGACUCAGUUCCACUGACCUUCCUUAUUAAAACCGAGAUGGCGGCCGUUGACCUUCAUCACGUCACGACAUGCCUGGAGGAAUCUCGCCAUGUAAUGUCGUUUAUUUUAGCUUGGGUAUUUAUUACAUUACGUUCUUCGGGUUUGAUUGUUUUAGCUUAAAUAUUCUCAAAACUACUUGUAGAUGGGGAGGAGGCUGGAUGUAAUUGUCCCCCAGGGCACAAUUUGACCGCCACGAUGUCAUGCGAGAACUGUCUGUUAAUUGACGAUGUAUUAUUAUCAUUUCUUUAUUCGUUUAGGACACCUUUCAUUACGAUUCCAAAUUGUGGACCAACAAGAACGAACUCAAUCGUCUGGGAGGGACACUGCUUGAUCAUCACGAGACAAAAUUACCCACCUACUGGAGCACACCAUUCUCUAAGAUUUGCCUCGCAAUGAAGACUAGCGACAGCCAAGUGAAUUCGAUCGUCAUCAACCAAGCCGCCAAUUCAUUGUACGCCUUGAUCGCUGACGGAGCUGAAAAACGUUUCACGAAGAACCUGGGUCGUCACACCUGGAAGAAGCUGAUUGGCAAUCAGGCAUCUUUACAGAUAAAUUGUAACCGGGAAGGUUUCAAUUUAAAGUCGCCAAAUUACCACAGCGAAGCAAGAAUCGGUAUCAUAAGUAACCAGGAAAAUGACUGUGCUUCCCCUGACUCCAGAAUUGGGUUUGGCACUGGGGGAUAUCCUAAUGGUCACAACACCUGUGGAAACGUUGCAUCGGCAAUUCAUCAUCCAGACAAUGGCGGUAAAGAUAUUAGAGCCAUGGGCUACAUCUUGGUGCAAUGAGUAUCAAACAACCUGGUUCCAGUUCACUGCCGAUAAAAAUCAAAGUAUUUUAAAACGCUUAUAGAAACAGGAAGAAAUUGUAGAAAUGAAAGUUGAAUAAACGCAUUGCUCAAAACAAC